AUGAUUUCAAAUCAAUUAACGACAACUAAAGUGUUUACAAACAACGUGUUCAAUAGUGAAAAAUUUAAAAUAGAAAAGUAUUCGAAUUUUUCAUUAAAUGAUACUCAACACUUUUCUACUAAUCCAAAAAUUUUCUCAAUUAACACAAAUAUCAAAUCUAAUAUAAAUAAUAUAUCAGUAUCAACACAAAAUGAUGAUGAUGACUUAUCUCAAAUAAAUUCUAAUCAAUCAACAACACUUAUUUCAUGGAAUUUAUUUUCACGUUCAAAAUCUAUUAAUAAACAACAAGAAAAAACUAUUCUUAAUGAACAUAAUCCAAAUUUAAUUUUAAGAAAACAAAAUCUAUCUGAUCAAAUCUAUCAAUCAAAUUCAAAAUCUGAUUAUAUUGAUUGGACAAAUCCUCAAUUAAAUACAUCAUCUAUAGAAACAACAACAACAACAACAAUUAAUAAUCAAUUAGAUGCUAUAAAUUUUCUUCAAGAAUAUUUAGAUCAUGGAAAUAGUGAUGUUUUAAUUGAUUUACUUCAUGAAAUAGCACAAGAAAUAAAUAUUAAUCAAUCUACAUAUUCAGCUAUAAAUAAUAAUCAUCUUCAUUUAACACCAAUAUAUAAUUCAAAUCUUCAAUUAUCAAAUAAUAAAGAAAAAAAGAAUAAAAAAGAAAAAUCUAUUGAUAAAGAAAAAAAAGAUUCUCAUGAAAAUAAACAAAAAAAAGAUGAUAAAAAAAAAGACAAUGAUAAUGAAGCGAAAAAGAAAAAACCAAAAAAACACAAAGAUAAAACAAAACAAAUCGAAGAAACAACAACAACAACAACGACAACAACUGAUUCAGAUAAUGCUGUAGAUUCACCAGCUUUAAUCAAUCCAACACGUAUAAAUUUCAAUAAUCCAAAAUCACCAUCCUAUUCUCCAGUAGAAAUAAAUGGAUUUCAAUCUUUUUCUAUACCUGUACCACAGUCAGGUGGAUCAUCUACAAAUGGUCUUAUUACACCUGAUCCAUCUAAUGUUCAUAUUCCACAACAAUCAAAUAUUGCACAUCUUUCUCAAGUUCAACAACAAUUACAAACAAAUCCUCAAAAUUCUGUUGUAGAUAAAACUACACAUCUACAUAAUAUGUCUGUACAACAACAAUUACAAUCAUUAUCACAAAUGGCACGUGAUGGUGAUGAAAUUUUGAUAACAUUAAGUGUUAAUGCAUUAACUCAAAAACAACAAAUAAAUAAUAAUAAUAAUAAUAAUAAUAAUAAUCAAUAUUAUCAAACAUCUGUUCAGAAUAAUAAUCCUUAUUCUUCUUCACAAUCAUACAAUCAAAUGAUACCUCCAUCAACAAGAAUUAUGAUGCCACGUAAUCUUGAAAUUGUUGCAAAAGGCUUUGCUCGUGUACAAAAUGAACAUCCACAACCUCCACCAUCGAAUCCGUAUUUGCAACAACAACAACCACCUAUGAUGCAUUCAUAUAAUCAGUCGCCUUAUACAUUCGUUCAUCCACCUUUCGUACCUCGUUAUCCAAUGCCAUGUCAUUCGGGCAGUGGUCCUCCACAAGCACCUAUUGGACCACCUAUUCAACCUAUGUUUGCUCCACCUAAUAUGAUGAUAUCUGGUGGAUUUGUUCGACCACCUAAUUAUACUGACUUUAUGCCUGGUACGCGAAACAAUGUUGACACUUCUCAUAAUCAAUCCCAUAUAAAUAAUAGUAAGUGCGAUUAUUUAUGUCAAUCAUCAUUAAAUCAACCAGAUUUUCGUGGACGACCAUCUCCUGGUAUAAUAAUAAAUCCAUAUUAUUCUAAUCCAUCUUCAUCAAUGAAUUUUUCUGCUAAAAAAUCUUCUAAACAUAAAACAAAAAAUCAAUAUAAUCAACUACAUAAUAUAAAUUUCGAAAAUAUCAAUCGAACUUAUUCAUCUAUUUAUUAA